GGAGGUUUGCACAAUCAUCACAGGUGAGAUGCCCACGUGCUUAUUUGCAGAAUCAUCACUACCAUGCCACCGCAUACCGUCUAGAGGAAGAGCCGGGAAGAGCAGUGUUCUAGGACUUCCUCACUGUCACUACCCUCGUUCUCUCAGAAAUUGAGGCUCCAUCCCGAGCGCCAAUCGGCGAUGUGUGGGAAGGUGUUCCUGUAUUGGCAGGGGCGGGUGUAGUGGGAUCUGGUGGGUCCAUGGAGUCCAUCAUAGCCGAUCGUAGGAUAGAUUCCAACUUGAACGGUUGGGUUCAUGAACUCUUUGGGAUAGGAGGGGCUCCAUGGGACACGGGAUGGCUGCGUCAGCAAAACAUGUCCGCCAUAGCAGUCGACGAGCACCUGACAUGGCAAUCUGCACCCCUUACCUUAGCAAUCCUUAGCAGCUCUGAGCUUUGACAUGUCGAUAUGCUGUUCGAGAGCUGACGCCAAAUCAGUAGACCCAGCCACUCAAUGAAUGGCUUCCUGCUUUCUUCACGUUCAGCCCUGAAAGGGACCGCAUUCUCACCGUGCGGACCAAUCACCGAAUGCAACAUCAUCUCCCUUUUCAGCCUGGAGAAUCUCUUCAACUCACAGUCAUUGAUGGUUUCUGGGCCAAAAAGCUUGUGAUUGCUGGGCUAUGUGUGCCUUUGCCGGGAGCGUUGAUUUUUGGCUCGUAGUUGGAUCCAACUGCUCCCUGCGAUGAAGGCCCGCUUUGUCCUGCUCCUUUGUGGUGUGGCUGUGGCAGAGACGGGGGUGCAGAUCUUCCCCAAAUUAGAGAGGUUGGAACCACUACGACGCUUGCAAGCGAGCUCGGGAAUACCCUCAGCGUGCAUGAGCGCAUGCCCUGAUCUCAACCGAAUUGUCGUGGAGUCACUGCAAAUACUCACGGAGGCUAUUGAGAUGGUUGCUUCGGGGCAAAAUACCACCGCGAAAGAGGGCGAGUGGGAACGGAUGCAGUGCGCUUGGACCGCUGAACUGGAAUGCGUCGUUCGCACCUCUGCCUGUGAGCCCAUCAUGGCCGACGCAGCAGACGGAGGAAUGAACUUCGGACAGGUUACAGCUAACCUGACCUCCAUGAAAGCGACCUGCGACGCUUGGCGUGCACAAAGGAGGGUUGUAAGUGUCCCAUUCCCAUCACAUCACAUUCCGUCAUAUCAUAUCACAUCCCAUCACUGUUUCGGCCAUGGUGCAUUGACUUCCUGAGAAGGUUUCUGGGGUUUGGGAGGGCAAUCCACGCUUGGCUGAUCUUUUGCCUACCUGGAGGAAGGGGUUGGAGUUGGAGCUGUUAGGAGGAGACACUUCUCUCAGAGUUGACUGCUCUCAUUUGCGUCCAAAAUUCACCUCCUCAGCUCUUGGUAUACCUCCAUCUCUCGGGUCGAAGGCACGACUGGCAAUUGACUAGAAACAACCACCGCACAUCACACACCGUCACUCCAAAGUUUGUUGGUUCAGGCAUGGAAAUCCAUGAGCCGGAUCGUUGGAAGGUGUUGUUGGAAGGGUCGCGUGGCUUCCAGGUAAUUAUGUAUGAAGAUGUAUGAAGCAACCCAGAACUGAGGCUAGAUUGAAAAGCAGAACAACAUGGUGUUGUUCGGCCUUUUGUUCCAUAGAAAUCCUGGGUACUUUCGAUUAGGAUUAGGGGAGGGGUGU